AUGAUGUUACUGUUAAGAUUUUUUAGAUUUAAUUUAAUUCUUAGUUUUAUUCUUUCUUAUCUAGCUUUAUUUAUGACAAAAAAGAAGAAGGAAAAUCGAGAAAAGAGAUCAGCUUUUGAAUGUGGAUUUGACCCAAAAAGAAAUUCUCGGCUUCCUUUUUCUCUGCGAUUUUUUUUAAUUACUGUUAUUUUUUUAAUUUUUGAUGUUGAAAUUAUUCUUUUAUUACCAUAUUUAAUCUCUAGUAACAUAAGUUCAGACGUUUUUUCGUUAAUUACAGCUAUUCUUAUUAUUUUAGUUUUAUUGGGAGGAACUUUAUAUGAAUGAGCUCAGGGAAGGUUAAAAUGGGUAAAUAGUUAA